AUGGUUGAAGGUCCUUUAUGUUGCUUGACGGCUGACGAAAACUUCUCAAACUUUAAUCUCACUGACGGUAACUGCAGCUCAGAAGAAAUUUGUCAGGCCAUCAACAAUACGAAAAUCGAGCAUCAAAGUUCCGUGUCAAGCUUCAUUCAUAACCACCAAAGUGGGGACACGUCAAAAGAACAUGGGACGCGGGUGAUAUUACCUACACAUUCUCCGAAUCCAGAUAAACUUGUUGGAAAAGCGUCAGUGAAGAGAACAUCUACAAGGUUUUCACGUUUUCUACUGCCUUGGUUAGAAGGCAGAAAAGUGGGUACGCCCGGAAAUCCAUUUGUAGGAAAAAAACGUUGGGAAAAGUUUAAUCUCAAAAGUAAAGACACAGCAUGCUGUUCAUCAGUUUGCGAUGAUCCACCCUACGAAAAUAGUGACUCCGAUACCUUGGAUGAUAACAGUUUUGAUUCUGCAGUUGUGGCAGAAGAUACUCACAAAAAAGCUUUACUUGACACACGGCAAAGUAAAUCAGUGGACUGUUUUAUUGGUAAUUGGCUAGCCACCCAGAAUAACUCUUCAAAGAUUGAUAGUUUUGCCAUCGAUCCGGACGGCGAAACAGAGUGCGACGUCGUCGAAAGCGGACGGUUAGGCUUCUGUGGUUUAUGUUCAUGGCAUCGGAAGGGGCGUCGCCAGAAAAAUCUUAAACGUCGCCAACUUAAGGCACCGCAGGUGGAGCAAAUCGUUGAACACUGCGGUGUUCAAAAAGCCGGAGACUUGGAGUCUACGUCUGCACGGAUUUCCACUCCUGGGACACCAAGUUUCAGCGAUAUUAGGGUAUCGCCUCCACCAAAGUUUGAUUCUACUGUUGAAUUCAGACUGAUGGAAGCAGUCACAAAAGAAAAGACCAAAUCGUACUCCUCCAUAGAGGAGGCAGAGCAACAGCACCUCUCCACGUCUUACAGCAGUGGUGCGGAGAGUGAGCAGCUAUGUAGGCGCCUACAAUGCCUCAUACCACAAGAAGACGCGUGGUCGAAGACAUCUUAUGCUGAAGAUAAUGACAGCGAUUGGGCUGUAAUGAAAUACGAAACUGACGUUGGUCAGACAAUUGUGGCAGGCAGUAGUAAGACAAAUGCAUCGUUGUCGCCUCUUCCACCUGAGGGGUAUCAAGUUCUCCACACCUCGUGUCCCCAGUCGCCAGUAGAAGUCAAGCAGUCCAACUGUUCUAACGUUCAUCUGGCUGAAGUGAUUACAGGAUUUGAGACUUGUUUUGUGGAAAACAACGCUUUAUUGUGCAACACAUUCGACCAACGAAUAACUAAUUACAAUAAAACAGAGUCGACAAUUUCAACGCCUAGCAGUGCAACUGAACGUUACAAAGAUGGACCACUGAAUUCUGCUCGGUCUGGUUUUCAUUAUGGACUACAUUUUUCACUUCCCGAGCUGAAUUUGUGUAAGAAUGGGCGCAAGUCAACACUGACAAUGGUGAGACACAAUUACGGCAUCAAAGGAUCCUGUUCCAUAUUCGAUUCGAUGCCUCAUUUGAGGCAACCUCACAGACUAUACCAUACACCUCGGCCAGUAAGUCAGACGACAUAUGUGAUUGCAAAAAUUGAUCUCCCUGACUCGGUGGGACAAAGGACUUAUUCCAUUAUUUCCAACUCGCACUCCGAGUGUAGUCUUGGUGGAGUAGUCGAAACGACCAAAUCGGAUACUACAAACGUGAAAUGCCAGCUACAAUCCAACAAUAAUGCGGCAGUCGAGCCCUGCUCGAGUCAAGAUCACGCCCUCCCCGGAAUGGUUCAAAAGGAGCCAACUCUUCUCAGUUUAAUAAAAGAAGCCCGAGCAGUGGGCAUGGUUCCUGAAAGCUUGCCAGAACCUUCGUACUCAUGGACUAAGAAGGAAGCAUCAGAUGAUGAUUGCAUGAUUCUUCCAAAUCGUCGACUAAAGCAAACAGAGAUGAAGGAAAAAGCGAGUCGCAAUAACGGCGAAAAGGUAGAAUCGGGACUCGCGCCGCCCACCCUACAACCGAAUCCACCGAGUGUUGCCAAAGGACACGAUACAUCGUUACAAAGCGUCAUUGAAACUAUGCAAAAAUUAAAAUCUGCGGAGAUGCAAAUUAAAGCCCUGAAAGAAGCACAGAACACGCGGAAAAAUACCAUCAGCACAAAUCAGGAAGUAGCAGCUACCGUGCCUAUAGGUAAGGCACCGGAGGCAACUGUAGUCGACUAUAAGGAGCGAAAACGCUUACGACGCCAAAAGGAGCUUGAGGAGGCUCGGAAGGAAUUGCUAGAAGCGACAAAAAGUGCUCUGAAGGAUCGAAUUGCAUUCCACAUGAGAGAAGAAGGACAUACACCCCCGGACGUUCAUGGAUCUACAUUAGCUAAUGUUGAGCCAAAGGAACACUUAACUGACGCUGAAAAGUUUUCAUCCAAACCUCAACCUGAUGUAUCGCAUCCACAACAACCGUUCGUGGAAGAACCAAAAGAACAAGCACCACUUGGGUCGGGUUCAGCGAAUUCAGGCAAUGAUGCGUGUAAAAUUAAAUCUAAUGAAGAGCUAAUGAAGGUAAAGGAACUAAGAGAGGAACCUCCAAAAACGGUAAUGUUUAAAGUGGAAAAAACAGUUCUAGUUCGACCAGCAGCAGUUCUUCCCAUUCAACGUCACAGUCUUAUUCGCAGGAUUCCUCAGAGGGCUGUAGUUGCAGAAGCAGAGACGAUGAGAGUGAAAAUUCCACCACGAGUACAUCAACAGAAAUCUCGCGUUCCACGUCGCCUUGUUCUUCCCUUACAUCCAAUUCGACUUCAUGUUCUUAUUCAUCGGGUUCAUCAUCGUAAAACGACAAGGAAAAUCGGCACACCCACGUUUUCUUUUUUACCAACACUGAGCAUGUGCAAACCCACCGGUUUCCGUCUUGUUGGUAGCUUAAGCGAGUGA